GCCCUGCCAAUCAGCGCGGCCCGCGGCGGGCCCGGCCCCUCCUGGCCAGCGCGCUAGCUGGGCUUGGCUCUGCUCUGCUAGCAGCGCGCAGCCCUGGACGUGGCGCGCCGACUGCGCGCGCGGCUGCUGUCGAACGUCGGGAGUCCAGCAUCAGCCGCCUCUUCGCAGUCACUGCUUCUUCCGCGGCACCUUCGGGCUUCUCUUGGGAGAGGCGUGGGAACUUUCCUUUUGGAGACGCUGCGGAGGUGAUGGGCCGCUCCCGGCGGGGCCCGCGGGAAGGCGGCAAGGUCUUCUAAGCUAUGAUAAUUUUUUGGAACGGCAGAAAUGAUUAGUUCUAGCUACAGAUGGGAAUUUGGAGUCACUCUGAAAUACAUCCUGGAAUAAUUGUGUUUGACUGGAACCAAAUCUUACGAAGUCUCCAAGGAUGAGAGUCUGUGCUAAGUCAGUGUUGCUGCCGCACUGGCUCUUUCUAGCCUACGUGUUAAUGGUGUGCUGUAAGCUGAUGUCUGCCUCAAGCCAGCACCUCCGGGGACAUACAGGCCACCACCAAAUCAAGCAAGGGACCUGUGAGGUGGUCGCCGUGCACAGGUGCUGCAAUAAGAACCGCAUAGAAGAGAGGUCUCAAACGGUCAAGUGCUCUUGUUUCCCGGGACAGGUGGCAGGCACAACUCGAGCUCAGCCUUCUUGUGUUGAAGCUUCCAUCGUGAUUCAGAAAUGGUGGUGUCACAUGAAUCCCUGUUUGGAAGGAGAGGAUUGUAAAGUGCUGCCAGAUUACUCAGGUUGGUCCUGUAGCAGUGGCAAUAAAGUCAAAACUACGAAGGUAACACGGUAGCAAAGAGAGAGGUGUGCUUCAUUCCUGGAGGGGCAGCAGGAUGCAGAUCUCAUUUGCUGAAAUUCCCAUCCUGGCCACUUUGCAGAAAAUUGUCUUGGAUUUCAGCAACUUCAUAUUUGUAUAUGUGUGCUGUGAGAAGUGGCAUUCACUUAACUGGCCCAGCCCUCUCUGCUUUGUGAUUUUAUUUCAUUGAAUAUAACUGCAAGCCACCAUUCGUUUGACAUCCUAUCUGGAUUCCCAACGAACAUACCUCCAAAAUCCUAGAAGAGCAAAUCAGAGUUUUCAAAAUACAUCACGACUACGAACACCUUCGGUCUUUACUUUCAUUUAUACUUUCUUUCUACCUUUACAAAAGAACUUGGAUGUAUGUUUCAAAAGAUCCUGUUCUGUUCCUCUUUUGACUUUUCCUUUUGCUUUUGUAUUUAGUGGUUUUAAAGGGGUCUAAAUAAAAGAUUUUUAGCAAAUAUAUUUGCAGAUGUAGAUUAACUGGCGAAGAAAACUACUGGUAGAGAUCAAGUGAUUAACUGGUAAAAAGAACAUUUAUUUUAUAAACCCUUGACAAUAGAAGGACAAGUUGGAAUGUUGGGUGUGCAUUGUAUUUUUUACUUUUGAUAAUUUUUUGCAUUUUGCUUUCCAUUGUCAGGUUAGCAGAGAUAAAAUGAGAGUGUUUUAACUUCAAUGCAACAUUUUACUGAGUGCUAAGGAAGCAUAUCAAUUCCAAUAUUUUAUAACCAAAGCUCUAUCAGAACAUAUUUAUAAAAUGUGUUGAAGUUUUUAUGGCUUUUGUGUAGUCAUGAAGAUAAAUCAUUUAAAAUAUAAAACAAUCUAAAUUUAGAUCAAGGGUGAUUUCUUAGAUCAAAUUUAUGCCAAUUCUAUGAAAAUAUUUUGUUACCUCCCAAAGAGGAGUCUUUCAGUGCUGAAUUUUUAGACAGUAAAUGAGUUGUUCUUAACUUAGCUGUUUCCCUACUUGUUAGCCAUCUUAUUUCUUUGAAACCUGAGUCUUGAAUGGCUUAAUGAUUUUUCAGCAGACAUGUCUCCACAUAUUCACAGAUGCUGUCAUGCAGAAACGUAUGAAACAGAUGAAGAACGACUAACCCAGAUUUUAAAUGUAUAAUAUUAUUAAAAUACUAGAAAAGUAUGGGGUGAAUUUUGUAUAUUAAGAAAUGCCAAAAACAUAGUUUCUGCACCAAGUUAGUUAAUUAUCCCUGUCCUUUCACAUUUUGGGGUGAAAGUAAAUCAAUACUUCAAUGUCGUUUAUAGCAUAACAGUUACCUGAUUUUAUUCUUGCAGAAAGAAUGAUUUGUUUGCUAAAUUUUUGCCUAGAUGCUUACUAAAUUUGUUAUGAUCAUAUGAAUAAGUAAAAAAAUUCAUCCUGCUUAUGGCAUACAUGUUUUUGUGGUUAUAUAUGCCUUAAGACUGUUAACAUUCUACCUAGGCUUGCACAUUUUAAAUGUGAAAAACUCCUUUUAAAAAUAACUUUAAAAAUAACAUUUAACUUUGGGGAUGUGAACUAUAUAGUAAAGUUGCCAUAUGUAUUUGAGUGGCUUCAUUUCUUCUCCCAAGGUUAUUUACCACCAACCUUAGGCACACUCAUUUAGUAUUGAGUUAAAAUAUAUCUAAGGCGAUUUUAUGGUACAUGGAACAGUAACUUAAUUUUUUAGCCCAUGUGUCUGAUCUUGUACCCCAAAUAAGAUCAAGUAACAAUGAUACUACUUCACCUUAAGGUACAUCCCUGGCGAGUAAACCACUUCCAGGGAAUCAGUGGUCCAUUGGGGAAAAUGGCAGCCUCUUUAAGCCUUUCUCCACAGCCUAAAGCUUGAGGCAGCUCUGGAAAGGGUGAGCUGGCUGUUUCCUCACUGCUAGCUCUGGACAUAAAAUCACUUUCCUUUUACUUCAUCUUGUUAUUGGUUUUACAAGUGGUGAGCAGAUAAGCCUGUACUUGAUUAUAAGAGCAGAUACAAUCUAGCAUAUGUUAUGUGGAUUUCCAAGGUUGCUUAAGUAUACAGAUGUGGCAACAUUGAGCCUAUGUUCUCUCACAUCGACCCUGUUGGAUGCAGAGGAGAAACUGUCCCUUUUAUAGGGCUAUAUAUACUCCCUCAUCUACCACCAUCACUACGUGGCCAGCUUCUUUUAUUUGAAUUUUUGCAAGAACCUGUUGGUAUGUAUACAAGAUUGAGCAUUAACUCUUGAAAGUGGCAAUGGAAACACCAUACCAAAAAUGCCUAUUUCACAGAUAAAUUGGAAAAUGCUUCUGUACAAAAUUCUUUGUGCACUAUUAGGGACCCACCGACCAAGGAUAAAUCCAACGCUAGUCUGAUGACGAACUUCACCAUUUAGUAAAGCAGUCUAGCCUGAACAAACUGGCAUAAUAUCUUCAUAUAACCUAAGUACAUCCUCCCAUAAACUUUAAGACAUCUCUAGGUUACUUAUAAUACCGAAUACAAUGCACAUGCUAUAUAAAUGGUCAUUAUACUGUAUUUAGGGAAUAAUGACAGGAAAAAAGGUCUGUACAUGUUCAGUAUAGACACAGCCACCUUUAUUUCCCCUUGAGUAUUUUUGAUCCACAAUUGGUUGAAUUUACAAAUGCCCAUGGACUGUAAUAAGCUCCUAAUAAAGUUGUGCAUCAUUUAUGAAUAA